AGGACUCACAUGCUUUGGAAGACAGAAUGUAAGUGAUCACAGGGAAGGAUCGGCUCGUUCAGAGGAAAACAACAAGGCAGAUGAGCGCACUGAAGCCGUCUCUAGGGGACAAGGACUUUAAAAUUGGACCUCCGUUAAGUAGAUCGGAUCAGACUGGAUCUAAAUAUGGAAAAUGGAAGAGAAGAAACAGAAGAGAAGACAGAAGUCGAGUCUGAAGCUAAAAGCGCUCAGGAGGCAGCGCGGGAACUUGCUCAGCUGCAGGGCCUGGUGGACGAGCUGCGCGAGGGGCUCCACGCUGCCCUGACGGAGCUGCACGGCCUGCGUCACAGGGACCACAGCCUGGAGGAGAAGCUGCAGGCGCAUCAGACCGACGUGGACGACAAGAUCAUGGGCCUCAAGAACUUGCUCAACACUUUCAAGGAGGAGCUGAACGUGGCCGUGUUCCACAUCAGGGACGUGUCCAGCAGACAGAGGGAGCUUCAGCGGAGGAUGGACCUGCUCCAGUCAGACAACAAGGACAUCAUCACUCUUCCACACAGCAGAAAGGGCUCCAAGGCAGACGUGCUGGCGGCGCCGGGGGACGAACACCUUUGUGGUCCCAGCCAAUCAGAACUCAGCGUUCUCCAGCACUUCCUGUCCAACCUGCCCCACAGCGGCUCACCACAGAGGAGCACCACGUCCACACAGACGUCUUCCUCUGAGCAGGAGGCUCAGCAGCAGAGAGCAUAUCUAUCCAAAUCAUGGGGAGAGAGGAAGAACAGCAGAGACGACACAGACGCCCACAGUGAAAACAGUAAGAGGUCGAGAGCAGCCCUGGAGCUGCUGGAGUCCGAGCGGGUUUACGUGUCCCACCUGUCUCUGCUCCUCAAAGCCAACAUCUCCUUCAACGGCUCCGAGGCGCUGACGCCCAAAGACAAACGCCCGUUUCCGAGCUCGCUCAGGUUUCUGAUCCAGCAGCACCUGGAGCUGCUUCACACCCUGCAGGAGCGCGUGCUCAAAUGCCAGUGGCAAGGCAUUAUGGGAGAUGUUUUCAUGCGGCUGACCAGCAAAGAAAGUGACUUCCUGGACUUUUACGUGUCCUACCUGAAGGAGCUUCCAGACUGUCUGUCGGCCGUCAACGUUCUGGCCUCCAGCUCUGCAGCCCUGCUGGAGAUCGACAUGAUGGGGGACGACUCCAAACCGUCCCUUCACGCCCUGCUGCUCCAGCCGGUCCAGAGGAUCCCCGAGUACCUGCAGCUGCUGCAGGCGCUGCUGAGGCAGACGGAGGCCGAGCACCCGGACUACUACCUGCUGCUGGUGUGCAUCCAGCAGUUCAGGUCCUUCACGGCUCAGCACCACCUCCUCCUCCAGCACAACCAGGAGCUGCUGCUGCACAACUGCAAGGAGGUGAAGAGGUCCACCAUGAAACAGCUGCUGAAAACGGUGGAGAGUGGGAUUCAGACCCACAGCAUCGGAUCGCCGUAUCCCUGCAGCGGCGCCAUGCUGGAGCGUUCCAACCACGCGAAGCACAGGAAGCAGCAGCUUCUGGAGCAGAUCCAGUCUCACCGUUUCCAGGACUGGGAUCGGGAGCAGGAUCCAGAAACCCACGGCUACGACCGAGACUGGGCCUCCCAGCAUCCGUUCUUCAGCCCCGACUCACGGACCCACAAACCAGCAGGUCUUGGCAGCAUCCCAGAGAGCGAGGCAUCUGUUGCUCCCGUGUCCUGUCAGCAUCAUCUGUCCUCUAGAGCCGCUGAGUUCCCUCAGGUUCAGCCAGGCUCAGCUCUGGCCGACGCCCUCGGCGAGUUCCUCCUUCCUCCAGAGCCUCCGGGGAUGGAGAGCCUGUAUGAGGAAGGCGGCUCGCUCCAUGACGUCUCCAUGUUCGACCGCUGCUCUUCAGCCUCCUCAGAUUCCUCCAUCGACAUCGCCUUCGUGAAGUGCCCCAAAGCCCCCCCCGCGUCCCACCACGUGGGAGCGGCCAACGUCUCAGCCACCCGCAACAGGAACGGUUACAGCAAGCUGCCCCAACGAGGCUGCGUGUCCCCGGACGAGGCCGUGAUGAUGCGGCGCGCGCAGCAUCGCCCCCUUCAGGCCAGUCAGCGCAAGAGCAAGUCGCUGAACGGGCUGCAGAUGGACAACGCCGUCAGCUGUCUGGACGGACCCGCAUCGGACAACGUCCAGAAACGGGGGCUGGGGAGCCACGCCAAGCUGGAGCGGCAGGGCAGCAAGGGCAGCAAGGGCUGCUCCACCCCGUCCCGGAAGGCAGCCAGAGCGGAGGCCGACCGGCAGAGCGAGGACCUCCACGGGCUGCUCAGCAUCCAGGACCCUGGGCUCCAGUCCUGGGGGGACGAGGCCAAGUGGAGAGGCGCAGCAGAGGAAAACAGCCACGCUCCCUUCAGCGAGAGGAGCCGGAAGCAGGACAAAGGAGGCUUCAGGAGCUCAUUUAAGAAACUCUUCAAGAAGAAGGGCAGUGAUGAGAAGAAGGACAAGGGAGGUGAGAAAACGCCCGAGCACCAGAACAGCAGCGAGCACGAAGCCUCAGGGAACAAUCCCAAACUGGUGCACGUGGAGGUAAACCGCGGCACAGCUGUUUGAGCAGACGGAGCCGGCGCCGGGUCACAUCCGGCCGGAGAACGGGUCCCGGGAAGCAGGUUCCACUCAUUAGUGUCAUGUGGUGGUGGUUUGUGUCUGACAGCUCAAAAUAAGGUUUUAAUCAGAGAACGUGUAAAUAUUAGCAGCUUCGUGUAAAUAACUCUACCUCCAGUUCAUCUUCCUUUACAUAAUCAUACCUACUUCAUACUUUAAGCCAUCGGCAGAACACAUUAUAUUGUGCUUAUACUCAGGAGACUAUUAAACCUAUUAGGAGUUUAGUAUGUUUUUAGAGCUUUUUCACCGAAGCCUAAUCAUUUUCUGUGUUUCAUUUAUUCUCUGCUCCAUAAAAUACUCAAUAAUGUAACAAUCAGGAGAUUUCAAGGACAUCUCUUGAACCAGCUGAUUGGUGCUCAUUUACAACAGCUACCAACAAGAAGAAUGAAUAAAAAGAACUAGUUACCAAUGAUCAGACGUCAAAUCACCACCAGGACACCGCAAAGAGUUGAGUUUCUUGUUUUUUAAUGUGUUAACCUGUCGUCUCAUAAAUCUGUUACACUUUCUGAAACAAAAUAUAGGCAAUUAUACAGUAUGUAAAACAAACCCAUUUUUAUUUGUACACUAUAUACAUUUCAUAACAUGUGCAUUGCAUUAUGAAAAACAAGAUGAAAUAUCAACGAUGAUGAAAUAUUAACAGACUAACUUUUUUGUUUUAUUUUGGAAGGAAACCUGCUCAAGCAGCUUGUUUGUUUUCAUCCUUAUGUAUUAAUAUGUAAAACAGAAUAACUCACAGGUGAAGGCCGUGUUGGCACCUGCUCAAUGGUGAAGGUCUAAAACAAGAGAAAUGAAUCAC